GAACUACACCCCCCUCCCCACCCUCCUUGGUCUCAAAGAGCUGCCCAACAUCUUGUAGAAUCUGAAUUCUACAGACCUCAAGAACCCCCCCCCCACUCUCCCAACCUAAAAACACACCAAUCCCAAGACUUUUCAAAAACAAAUGUCGGAAGACCCAUUCUUCUUGGUCAAGGAGGACGUCCAGAAGGCCAUGCGCAGCUCGGAGGCGCUGUUCAAGCGAUGGACGGAACUCACACAGCUCCAGCAGACAAAGCCCCUGUCGCAGUCCAUGCUCGAGGAGCUGCGGUGGACCACUGGCGAGCUCAACCAAUCGCUCAAGGCGAUCGACUGGGAUAUUGAGGACUUGGAAGAGACGGUGGGGAUUGUCGAGGCCAACCCGGCCAAGUUCCAGAUUCCCCAAAAGGAGCUGCAAGAGCGUCGCGCCUUCAUCACCAUGACCAUCAAAUUCGUGCGCGAAAUGCGCACCACCAUGCAGCAGGCAGACGCCGAGGCGCAGCGCGCGCAGCGUCGUGAUCUUAUGGCGCCCGCCCCAACGCGCGGCGGCUCGGGCGCCGCCCCGAGCGCCGCAGCUGGCAACGGCCUCGGUGGCAACGGUGCCACCCCCGCAGGCGCUGCCGCAGCCCUCAGCAGCAAUGGCAAGCAGCCUGCCGGUGGCUACAACCGCUAUGCCAAGCUGGAGGCCAGCAUCACCCAGGACAAUGCCGACUACAUCCGUGGCGAGCAGGCCCGGCAGCAGCAGCUUGUGGCCGAGCAGGAUGUGCAGAUUGACAUGAUUUCGUCCCAGCUCAGGACCGUCAAGGAAAUGUCGACCACCAUUCACAACGAGCUCGAUCGGCAAAACGACAUGCUCGACACGCUCGGCAACGACAUGGACAAUACCGAAAACCGUCUCACCGCUGCCCUCAAGAAGGCCGACAAGGUGCUCGAGCUGUCAAAAGACAAGAAGCAAACAUGCUGCAUUGUUUUGUUGAUUAUUGCAAUCAUUGUUAUGAUGGUUGUGCUGUUUGUGUAACGAAAGCCGACGUGGACAUGGCUGGAUUGUUUGAUUUUUUUUUUUUGUUUGGUUGUUUUGUUGUUUUGGUCUUUUGUUCGUUUUCACUCUCUGCUCUCUUUGUUUAUUGUCUACUUUUUUCCAACAAUACGAGUUUCUUUU